AGAUCACUCACUGCAUGUGUUUUUCACCAAGGGUACCAAUACUUCUGGACUUGAAGCAGUAGAUUUUCAACAUGGCGGCCUCCAUGUUGUUUCAGGUGAGGAGGCAUUGUGCACUGGUGCCAUGCAUCACUGUGGCUACAAGGCAGUAUGCUUCCAGUCCCCCAUCUCUGUUCAACAAGUUCCUCUUUCAGUUAAAUCAGCGCUUUCUUGAGGUGGAAUAUCUCAUAAGGUUGAGCAACUGGUUCAAAAAUCGGGAUGUGAGGCGUAAAAAUUUGAUCUAUGAUUACGCACAGAAGAAAUACGGCGUCAAUGUCGCAGCAGCAUACUCCAUUCUGAAACUGGGAGGAGGCUUCAGGUUUGCUGGACAGACUGAGUGGUUUCGUGCUGAUUCAAAGGGGAAGUUUAGUUUUGACUUUGUAAACACACCAGACUCAACUAUUGAGGAGAUUGACUUGAGCAAGUCUCUGAUAAACCACGCUGGACUGCACAACCUCACGAGUCAGCGCAAGCUGCGUUCCCUCUCCGUGCAGGGCUGUCUGGAGGUCGAUGACUGGUUCCUUGCUCACUUGCAUGUUUUCAGCGAGACCCUUCAGGAGUUAAACAUAUCCCACUGUCCUCGUAUCACUGUGGGAGGUUUAGCUGCACUACAACACCUCAGGAAGCUGCAGCAGCUGGAUAUAUCCUCACUCCCACAGCUGCAGAGUCCAGGCCUGGUGCACAUCCUCAUUGAGGAGAUGCUGCCUCACUGCAAGGUCAUCGGUGCUGAAUAUGAUCAGGGACUCCAGAUCCAAACAGACAGUCAGGAGCCCAGAGAUGCAGACUCACUGAGAAAUGCUCAGACGUAACAGGACUGUGG